UGUCUCUGUAACAGGAACUGCCUUGUCACUGCACCAGGGAAGGAAGGCACACAUUGGUUAUGACAGGGCAAAAUGCCAGCCUCUCUUGCAGAAGAGCAGCUUCUAAUUCCUGCCUCUUAAUUUCCCUUUCUCCCUAGUUAGCCAACCAACUCCACCAUGACUGAGGACUUAGACCACAGAUUCAGCAGUCUCACCUGGGAUCAGAUUAAAAUCCUGGACCAAGUUUUAGCUGAGGCCAUCCCUAUUCACGGGAGAGGCAAUUUUCCGACGCUGGACGUGAAGCCGAAGGAGAUCAUCCACCUGGUGAAGGAGCAGCUCAUUGCGAAGCAGAUCAGCGUGCGAGACGUGCGCCUCAACGGCUCCACGGCCAGCCACAUCCUGGUGGAGCAGAACGGAACCAGCUACAAGGACCUCGACAUCAUUUUUGGGGUGGAGCUUCCCAGCGAGCUCGAGUUCCAGGUUGUCAAGGAAGCAGUCCUUCAUUGCCUCUUGGACUUCUUGCCCAAGUGUGUCAACAAGGAGAAGAUCACGGCUCAGACCAUGAAAGAUGCCUACGUGCAGAAGAUGGUGAAAGUCUCCACCGACCACGAUCGCUGGAGCCUCAUCUCGCUGUCCAACAACAGCGGCAAGAACGUGGAGCUGAAGUUCGUCAACUCGCUCAGGCGGCAGUUUGAGUUCAGCGUGGACUCCUUCCAGAUCGUUCUGGACUCCAUACUGGGUGUUUACAGAGCCACAGACUGCAAGCUGGCAGAAGACUCUCACCCCACUGUCAUCGCGGAGAGCAUGUACGGAGACUUCGACGAAGCGAUGGACCACUUGAAAUACAAACUGAUUUCCACCAGGAACCCAGAGGAGAUCAGAGGCGGCGGCCUCCUGAAGUACAGCAACCUCCUGGUGCGUGACUUUAAGCCGGCGGAUCCGGCUGAAAUUAAAUCUCUGGAGCGCUACAUGUGCUCCAGGUUCUUCAUCGAUUUUCCAGAUGUUGCCGAGCAGCAGAGGAAAAUCGAGUCCUACCUGCGCAACCACUUCAUCGGCGAGGAGAAGAGCAAGUACGACUACCUGAUGACCCUGCGCCGCGUGGUGAACGAGAGCACCGUCUGCCUCAUGGGGCACGAGCGCAGGCAGACUCUCAACAUGAUCACAAUCCUGGCCCUGAAAGUACUGGGGGAGCAAAACAUCAUCCCCAACGCGGCCAACGUCACCUGCUAUUACCAGCCUGCUCCCUACAUGAGCGACAGAAACUUCAGCAGUUACUACAUCGCUCACGGACAGCCGCCCGUCCUCUACCAGCCCUACCCGUUUCACAUACAAGUGCCAAGCGGCAUGGUUUAGGGCCACCAGAAUCUCCUCAGCACUUAGACUCCUCUCUUUCCAGUUCUCUCCGUAAUAAAGGCCCCAUUAAAGCAAGUUCUAGCAUCACUUUUGAUUUAAGGACGCCUCUCUUCUUCUUUUUGUGCAAGUUGCCAAAGUUCUUUGGUUGCUCAAUGUCUAAAGCACCGUUAAGCAGAUCGUAGAGAGAACAAAGACAACUUUGCUGACCAUCAUCACUGAAGUCAACUCUUUCCUGUGAAAUACAGUGCAAAAAAGCAAUGUUUCUGGAACAUAAGCAGGGUACACAAAUCUACUUGGAAGCUGAUCUCUUUUGUGAUGUCUUUCAGGAUUACAGUACUAUAAUUUCUGCUGGUUUUUCCCAUGUCUUAAAGCACAUUUGAGUUCUCUUCCACUAGGAUCUACCCAUUGGCUGAAGUGUAUUUAAUAGAACUUAUUUCUCCUUGCUCUGUUAUCAGAUGUGCUAACACUCCACUUGCAUGUGUCACUGCUGGGGAGUUUCCCCCUGUCAGAAGCAAAACAGAGUGAGACCUGUUGGGGUUUUAUUUUUAACUGAGCUGUUUAGACUACAAAAGGGUCUUUUAAAUUGGGUUUGGUGUUUGACAAAUUCAGUAGCACUGUGAAAUUCUGUAAGAGCCUUAUGUAGGUGGUGUCUCUGCUAUCGCUCGUGCUUCAGCACUCAGCUGGAGAGCCAAAAGCUGGACUGGGCACAGCCAGCACUGUCUGAUGAAUCUGAGGGAGUGAGGCAACCACAUGCCUUGAGUUUCAGGAGCAGCUGGGCUCCUAAAUGCCCUCAAUUUGUUUGAAAAUCUCAGUCCAGCUGAACUGACCUUAAUGUAUGUAGCCACUUCAACUUGUUCUUCCUCCACUCAUGGUUUCCUGGCUUGCUGGGGGGAGAAAUGGGUUGAUCACUCAAGAACCGGGGAACAGAUCAGCCAAGAAGGAGCAUUUCCCACAUGUCAUGUGCAGCCAGUGGUCUGUUACCUGGAGAAAUACUUCAAAAAGUUGGGUUUUAGCCAAAUAGACAAAUAUAUCACCCUGCACAAAGGACUCUAACUCUUUCUUGAAUCAGACAUUGUGAAAAGCACCAGGAAUGGCAAAUUAGCCCUGGAUUUAUGUAGACCAGCUCCUCUGCUUGUACAGCAACUGUUUAUUAGGAGAUAUGUCUUCACUGAAAGGGUUCUCAAGCAUUGGAAUGGUCUGCCCAGGGCAGUGCUGGAGUCACCAACCCUGGAGGUGUUCACGCCUCGUGUGGACCUGGUGCUUAGGGGCAUGGUUUGGUAUU